GCAGGGCCCCCUGUUGUUCGGUGGUACCAGCGAGUCUGCAUUCUUGCCUCCUCAGUCUCUCGUCGGCACUGAAGCCCAAAGGAAGCCCACGCUCUUCUCUUGUUCUCGUUUUCCAGAAAUUUUCCCAAAGUUUCCAACCGUGAAAGUUAGUUGAAACACGUUGUACUUUGUGUGUGCGUCAAAAAUAUCGCAAUUUGGAGAGGACGCUUCUCUUCAAAAUUUGGACUUUUUUGGGGGGCAAGUUGUUUCUGGAGGGUUUCUGAUUAUUUCGAAAAUAAUUGAAAGGUUAAUUGCACGUGACUAAUUACCAAUUUGAUAAGGAGUGAAAGUGUGCAUUGUAUUGUUGUUGAGAAGAACAAUACGCGAAAUAAGAGGACAAUAGGACAAGUGAGGUAAUAAUAAGAUAGUGAGACACAACACGGUACUUACGGCAGGAAAUGUGAGACGGGAAAAUAAAAUUCUGAAAAAAAGUAGUUUUAUGAGUGUUGAAUUGUUGUCCAGUGAGUGAAAAAUGUGAAACUGUUUUUCAUAAAAAGUAGUGAAGGAAGAAUUGAUUUCUGAAAAAAAGAAAAUUGAAAAAGAUGCAGCUUCGAGGCAGAAUGGUGGUUUUUUUCGUGUUGGUGGGUUUAUUAGGCUUAUCCGCCGGGUCGCUGUCGUCCGGUGGUGGCGGCGGCGGCGGGGGGAGUGGUUCUUCCUGGAAAAUGUUUGGCGUUUCGUCCCCAUCGGCGAAUGUGGAUCCGUGUUAUGAAGAUGUUGGUCAUCAUGCAAGUUACUCUGCAAUGGCGGCGGGGUCUGCGAUGAGUGGUGGUGGUGGUGGGAAUGGGGGUGGCUCGUCCAGGGCCAAAAAAUGCAUCCCGGACUUUGUCAACGCCGCUUUUGGUCGUGACGUCGAAGUGACCCAUUCCUGCGGGGUGAAAGCCCCAUCCCGAAUGUGUUUCCUCUCUGACGGAACGGGGGUCGGGUUUCCCCACUACCCGCCCCAAGAGGAAGACGACCCCACCGAAAAUCCCGACCUGAUCGACGCCGGGGGAAAAGAAUUGUCCCCAUUUUUCUCCUCCUCGUCAUCCUCCUCCUCUUCGGAAUUCAGUCUGCUCUCUGGAAUGGAAACGUCCUCCUCGAAACACGGAAUUCUCAAGGAAACCGGAAAAGACGGGUCGUCAUCUUCCUCCUCCUCGUCCAGCGCGGAACUCGGCUUUGGCGACGACACUGACGACAACAAAUUUUUCGACGAGGAAGACUACGUCGAAGAAGAUACCGACGGAGAAGACGGGGACGACGACAGCGUCGUGGAUGACGAUCCCGCCGUGGAAGUCGCCACCACACCGACCACAACGUCCACAACGACGACUACCACGACCACUACGACGACAACGCCACGACCCCCACGGCGCCAAGGAGGGCGACGCGGCGGAAAACAACAGCAAGGCGGCGGAAAGAAAAAUAAUGGCGGGAAGAGCCGCACCACGCGAGGUCUGUUCCUGCGAAAUGGGAAGAUUAAUCGCCAACACCAAAUGGAUUCGCCACAGUCGACGUGUCACAUUUGCGACGCGUCCGACUCCAAGCUCUCCCGGCCCCCGAGAUUCAUGACGGAUCUGAACAAUCCCAAUAAUCUGACGUGCUGGGAAACCUCGCCGUUCGAAAAUGACGCCGACAAUGUCACACUGACGUUAAACUUGGGAAAAAAGUUUGAACUGACGUACGUCUCGUUGCAGUUUUGUGGACAGAAGCCGGACUCAAUGGCGAUUUUUAAGAGCAUGGAUUUUGGCCGGACGUGGCAACCGUUUCAGUAUUAUUCGAGCCAUUGUAAGAAAAUGUAUGGGAGACCGAACAGGGCGUCUAUUACACGGGCCAAUGAACAGGAAGCGAUUUGCACGGAUAGUCACAUAAAAGAUACCGGAAUGGGGAAUCGGAUCGCAUUUUCCACUCUCGAAGGAAGGCCGAGUGCCAUUGACUUUGACAACAGUCCAGUCCUUCAGGACUGGGUAACCGCGACGGACAUUCGGGUCGUGUUUCACCGCCUCUUGACCCCCGAUGCUGACCUGGUCGGUCUCGCUGGAGAAAUGGAAUCCCUCGCUAACGCGCCCAGCGUCAAGUUUAACAGUCAGCUCAGCCUGGAUAAGGAGGCUGUCAUCGCGUACGUGCAUAACGAGUCGUCCAACGCGCUGAUUGAUGGUACUGCGACCACGCUAAAUCUGGGCGGUGGGAAGGACGACAUGGACGAUAAGAGGACUGAUGAUAUCUUCGGGAAGGAAUUCGGGUUGAACAGAAAGGAGGGAUCUGGCAGCAGCGCGGGGGCAAAGUCGUCGUCGUCGUCGACAGGACUUCUGCUGAGUCGGACGUUCUACGCCGUGGCCGACUUUGCGGUGGGGGGUCGAUGCAAGUGUAACGGACAUGGAAGUCGGUGCCACGCGGGCAACAAGGAUGGAGGCGAGUUGACGUGUGACUGUCGACACAAUACGGCCGGUCGUGACUGCGAGCGGUGCAAGCCCUUCUACUUGGAUCGACCCUGGGGUCGCGGCACGUCCCGAGAUCCACACGAGUGUAAAGCCUGUCAGUGCAACGGUCACUCGAGACGGUGUCGUUUCAACAUGGAACUGUACCGACUUUCGGGCCGAACCUCGGGCGGCGUUUGUCUCAAGUGUCGUCACAACACGGCUGGACGAUUCUGCCACUACUGCAAGGAAGGCUAUGCUCGUGACCCCGCCAGACCGGUCAAUCACAGGAAGGCGUGUAAAAUGUGCGAAUGUCACCCGGUCGGAGCGUCAGGCCGUACAUGCAACCAGACGACGGGUCAAUGUCCCUGCAAGGAUGGUGUGACAGGCCUCACCUGCAACCGAUGUGCGAAAGGAUAUCAACAAAGUCGGUCACCCAUCGCGCCCUGCGUCAAAAUUCCAAAAAUGCCGGAGCCCGAGGCGCUGGAGGAUAACAGUGGACGAGUUGCGGAUCAAGGAGACGCGUCUUCGAGCUGCGGACGAUGCAAAGUGACGACGAAUCGCCUCACGCUGAAACGAUACUGCAACCGAGACUAUGCCGUCAUGGUGCAAGUCUUAACCCGUGAAACGAUCGACGAAUGGGCCCGCUUUACCGUGAAUAUUCUCGGAAUUUUUAAGAAAUCUAUGGAUUCUCGAAUCCGCCGUGGUUCCGCUUUCCUCUGGGUCCGAAUGGAAGAUUUGGUCUGCAAGUGUCCCAAACUGAAGGUGGAUAAGCCCUACCUUAUCAUGGGGAAUGAGCACAUGGACGGUCAACCCGGCCUCAUGGCGGGAAAAUCCUCCGUCGUCAUCGAAUGGAAGGAUGACUGGCAAGAAAAAGUGAAAGCGCUCCAGCGGCGCGCCCGAUUCUGCGAGGAUGACGACGACGAGUAGAAAAUUACGAGUCGGAAUUUUGUAGGAUAUUAUUUUUGACAUUUUUUUCUCUGUUUUUUGUUAAACAUAUCAAAAUCCAAUUUCAUUUUUUCGAAAAUAUCUAAUUUAGCUAUAAUUAAUUAAUUUAAUUGACGAAAAAAUGUUAAGUUUAAGUUUUAUUUUAUAAUUGAUGGACACGACUUGAGUAAAUAUGAGUUGGUCUGACAGCAGCUGCCAUAUUAGUAUUAUUUCAUGUAAUUAAAUUAUUCAUAGUUAAUUAAUGCUUGACUAAUUAAUACUAAUUAAUUGAUUAAGGAGCGAUAAUUUGUGUACCGGAUUUUAAAUCUCGUAAAUUGUCAAUUUUUGGAGGAAUCUCAUUUUCGGGGAGGAUUUUUAAGAUCGUUUUUUGGCAUUUUGAACUAAAUAAGACGUGCGAGUAGUUUUUUUGCAGAAACAAUCGCGAUUUACGAGAUCCACAUCAAAAUUUAGUCUUCUAGCUGCUCUGAAUUUAUGUAUAUCAAAAUAUCUACAAUCUUACCUCUAGUUUUUAAGGUGACAAUGUGUAGAAUUCUAGUUUCUCUCUCUUACAUACAUAAUAAUUGUAAUUAAUUAACUAAUUAAUUACUACUUUCAACGUGAAUCUCCUCACUCACGUUGAGACUGAAGUUCCUAAAUGAUAAUUGAUCAGGAGAUGAAGAAUCGUCAUUAUUACAUUACAAAAGUGCGUAAAGUAAAUAUUUAGUGAGCUACAUUUUUAAUGACGUAAAUAAAUAUUUGACUAAUUUUUUUCCUUAUAAAUUAAGUAAUUACUAAGCCAGUAAUUAAUUGUAAGACUUAAAUUCGAGAUGAUAAGUCGACAACAACAUAUGUACGUAUGUAUUCAUGGGGCUAUAAAAAUAUGUAUGUAUAGAUCGAAAAAUUAGCGAGUAGCCGAUAUUAUUACCGUAAUUUUGAUCCAUAUCUUGACGGAUAGAGAGUGAAAUAAAAUCGUAUUUCUAGAUUUAUAAGAGAUUUUUGCGAAUCUCAAUUCCAAAUCUGGGACAGUUAAGUAGUGUAACUUGUAAUUUGUAAUCCUUGGAUUUUGCUUGGAUAAGAAAAGAUUUGUACAAAAGAAAAAAUCUCUGAGUGAAGAUUUAAUUAAGAUUAUAAUUAAAUUUAAAUGUGUAUUUAAAUGUUGUCAAGUGUGUGAAUUUGGAUUUGAGAAGAGAGGUGACGAAAAACCGACGGUAUUUGUUGGGUGCUUUGACGCUUUUUGGCUUUUUGUACACGUGCUUAGAUAGAUAGAAAAUUAGUGGUAGCAGUUGUAAUGUAUGUAUACACGGUUAAUUAUUAAUUAAUCAUUUAAUUAAUUAAUUAAUUAAGGAGGUGUUUUCUAAUUAAUGAAUAAUGAUUUAAUUAAACUGAGAAGAGUUGAAUUUAGUAGGAGGGAUUUUUUUACUAUUAUUAUUGUAGAUAAGAUACUGACCUUAUCUCUGACUUGUUUUUUUUGCUUGGUAUAAAUUUUUCAGAUAAGAUACAUUUUUGUUUUGGGAUUAAUUUAAUAGUUAAUUAAUUGAUUAAUUAAUUACUAAUUAAUAAUUGACUUUUGAUUAUUAUUAUAUUAAUUGUUGUUUAAAUGUAUGGUUUAUUAUUCUCGUUAUUAAAAUGAAAUGUCAAAAUAUGUGCGUUUCUAGUCUCGCCAAGGAUAAUAAAUUUGAUAUUUUUUAAGUGCGUUAAAAAAA